GAGAGAGAGAGAGAGAGAGAGAGAGAGAGAGAGAGAGAGAAAGAGAGAGAGAGAGAAUGAUUAGGGGAUGAUUUGGGAGGACGGAGAAAAUGAGGUGCCUUCUGUGCUGGACACCAGAGCGUAGAAAGUCUUCAAAGAAGAUGAGGGGGCCGAAAGCUGAACAAUCUCUUGCUACAUUUGCAGAGAGCUUCAAACAAAAGUCCAUAUCUGAGGAACUUUUGAGAGUUGGCAAUGGAAACAUUUCUGCACAGAUUUUCGGUUUCCGUGAGUUAGCAGCAGCAACUCAGAACUUCCGGCCUGAUUUUCUACUUGGUGAAGGAGGUUUUGGAAGAGUCUAUAAGGGGUUCCUUGAUAGUUCGGGUCAGGUUGUUGCUGUCAAGCAACUUGACAGGAAUGGCUUGCAAGGAAAUCGUGAGUUCCUCGUGGAGGUUUUCAUGCUCAGUUUACUUCACCAUCCAAAUCUUGUAAAUCUCAUUGGAUAUUGUGCAGAUGGAGACCAAAGGCUUUUGGUAUAUGAGUACAUGCCUUUGGGUUCUUUGGAAGAUCACCUUCUUGAUUUGUCACCGAAUAAGAAGCCUUUGGAGUGGAAUAUUAGGAUGAAAAUAGCAGAGGGAGCUGCCAAAGGUCUGGAAUACUUGCAUGAUACAGCCAACCCACCAAUCAUAUACCGCGAUUUCAAAUCCUCAAAUAUUUUACUCGAUGAAGAUUACAAUCCCAAGCUUUCUGAUUUUGGGCUUGCAAAAGUUGGUCCAGUAGGAGAUAAGAGUCAUGUCUCCACAAGGGUCAUGGGAACUUAUGGAUAUUGUGCUCCAGAGUAUGCAAGCACAGGUCGGUUGACUACAAAAUCUGACGUAUACAGUUUUGGGGUUGUACUACUUGAGAUAAUCACAGGCCGUCGAGCUAUUGACAAUGCAAAACCAUCUAGUGAGCAGAAUCUUGUUACUUGGGUGCAACCAUUAUUCAAGGAUCGUAGAAAGUUCCCCCAAAUUGCUGAUCCAAUGCUUCAAGGGAGGUACCCACCAAGAGCCCUAUACCAGGCACUUGCUGUUGCAGCCAUGUGCCUUCAAGCUGAAGCCAGCACUCGCCCAUUAAUCAGCGAUGUUGUUACUGCUCUUUACUACUUGGCAUCUCAAACAUUCGAACUGGAUGGAAGCUCUUCUGAUCCUCGUGAUACACUUCCUCCCUCAACUGCUACAGCUGCUGAGAGCGAUCAUGGCAAGCAUGUCAAAGAGAAUCAAAAUUUCGAUUUAGAACCAGACACUAGUGGCAUCAAUAAGGAAGCCAGUCAAGAGUUUCAUCCGUAAAAGGCAAUGACGUGUAUGGUGGAAACCAAUUCAUAUGUUGGAUUCCACCGGCUUUUUUCUAACUGUGGGUGAUUUGUAUAUUUGUGAAAUAUGGAGAUAUUGGUGGUGUAAGUGUUACUGGCCAAGGGAAAUGGAGUUCAAGGAGAGGGGUGCAUUGGUCCAUGCCCUCAUUGCACCAACAAAACAUGAUUGGUGCAAAGAAGCUGGUUUUCGACCUAUAUUCCCCUGGGUUCUUCCUGGCUUGGAAAAUGAGAGAUGUGGAUGACGUUUUUAUUCUCUGAUCCCCAUUUAUGCAUCCAUUGGUAUGCGUUGGUGGAGGACUUGGGCCCUUUGCAGCAAAUUACCAUUUAUGAAGGGAGGCCGGAAUUCUCUCUCUCUCUCUCUCUCUCUGCUCCGGAAAUCUAAUCUCGGAAGCCUGUUGAUAUUAUAGCCAACUGGGAUUCUCCCCCUCCGCUUGUUUGCUACUUUUAAGCUUCUUCUUUCAGCCUUUAUUCAUCACUUGGAACCCAUGCAAUAUGGGCGAGGAAAUUUUCUCUUGAUGUUUGAGAAACAAGUAUUUAAGAUCCGGGGUGAUAUAUCAUUUUGUGUUCUAAUUCCUAGGAACAUUA